CACACACUUCAACAACCACACCCAUUUUCACACCAAAUUAAUUAGUCAAUCAAUGAAAGAUGGGCUUCGACGAUCUCUGCAACACAGCCCUCAUUUUAGGCUUAGGAGGACUCACUAAUCAUCACCACCCCCAUUACACACCUACAACUUCCACCCCUAAAUUCGACCCCCCUUUGACCCUCAGCCUCGAUCUCAAAUUGACCAACAAUUCCGCCGCCGCCGCCGCCGAUUCUUAUUGCAAUUACAACGAUCGCCGCCAAGACAGCGCCGCCUCAUCCUCCAACGUCGUUUUCGUCACUACUGUCAAGAGAGAAAGAGAAAUUGGCGGCGGCGGCGGCAGCGACGACGACGGAUCCAAUGGAAGAAAAAAGCUCCGACUCAGUAAAGCCCAGUCAGACCUUCUAGAAGAAAGCUUCAAACGCCACAGUACUCUCAACCCUAAACAAAAACAAGACUUGGCCCGGGAGCUCCAGCUCCGGCCCCGGCAGGUCGAGGUGUGGUUCCAGAACCGGCGAGCAAGGACGAAAUUGAAGCAGACAGAAGUAGACUGUGAGUUUCUUAAAAAGUGCUGCGAGGCUUUGUCGGAAGAGAAUCAGCGGCUGCAGAAGGAGCUGCAAGAGCUGAGAGCUUUAAAACCAUCGCCGCCGCUCUACAUGAAGCUGCCGGCGGCCGCGACGCUCACCAUCUGUCCUUCUUGCGAAAGAAUCGACGGCGGAGGUGGCGGCGCCGCCGCGCCGGAAACUCGUUCGUAUCUCGUGGCGGCUCCAAAGCCGCACUUCUACACAAAUCAAUCGGCGGCUUGUUAAUUAACUUUUUUUUUUUUAUAAUUAUAAUGUGGUAAAUAUUAAGCAAAUAUUUAAUUUUAAUUUUAGGAAAUUAGUGAUCUUUGGUCUCUUCUUGUUAAUUAAUGUGUGAUUCAGUUAUCAUGUCCACCAUUUUAAUUUAUUAUUAUUUUUUUUUUGUCU